ACGAUUUAAGUUAUCCAAAGUUAUAAAGAAUUCUUUACAAAUUACAAGUGACAAAUGCAAAGAUGCAAAUAAAUAAAGAUGAUUUCGUUUAUCUUUUAGGCGAAAAAUUGAAAACAAUAAAAAAUCAAAUUGGAGAAAAAAAUGAAAAGAAAAUUUUCGAAAUAGAUGAGAAAAUUGGCUUCAAGGUCAAUAAAACCGACAAUGAGGAGGUAAUAACUACUGAAAUGAUCAAUUUUCUGAAGAAUAUUUCAGAAACUAUGAUUCAUUGUAAAGAUUUAAUUAUGACAACAAUGACAACUAUUCAAAAAAUUGCUCUUCAAAUUCAAAGUUCAAAAUUGACAAGCACUGAUCCUCCACUUGUUGAAAUUAGUUCGCCGCAUAAGAAAAUUCGAAGGAUUCCUAAUCUUAUUUCCAUUGAGGAUCAAUUGAAAGAACCUACUCCUGUUGCUGUUACAGACAGCGAGUCAUUUUUGAAAAUCGAAAAUGUUGUGAGUUUGUCUAAUAUUUCAGAAGAUGAAAAAAAUGAACUUUACAGAUUUCCUUCAAAUUUCGCCAUGCAAAAUCAAAUUCAAACGAAAAUUGAAAUAAAACGUAAGUUCGAUUCUAAAUUUGUGUCUGAAGACAAGAUAAAUCCAAAUUCAUUGGAUAAAAAAAAUUCAAAUAUUUCUGACGUCGUAAAAACGUGUUUCUCGCCUAAUGAAAUUAAUCUUCUGCCUCUUCAAUCAAUUUUUCAACAAGGAAUUCAAUGUGCAUUGUGUCCCUUCACCACAAUAUUUCGUUCGAAUAUCUUAAGACACUUACAACUGCACAUUAAAAAUGAUGAUACUAUCUCAGAAUCUGGACCAAUUCAUUCUGAUGAGUCGGACAUGGAAAAUUUCACAAAUAAUUCUUAUCAAAAUGAACUUAUAAGAAUCAAAUCAAAUAGCUUAUCUCUUAUUCAAACCAAUAAAGAGACAUUGUCAAAAUACAAUCACAAAAAUAAGCGAUAUAUUUGUGGUAUUUCCAAGUGUUCAUAUGUAACCGUCAACGAAGAUAUGUUACUUUGUCAUUUGAGAGCUUUACACUCGAAUGAAACAAUAUUCAAAAAUAUUAUUCAUUGUAAAGAACAAGAAAAUAAUUCAAUCGAAAAAAUGGAAAUUUCUGAUUCGAAACUCUAUAAAUGCUCCUAUUGUAAUUAUUUCCAUUAUCAACGACAUAUACUAGAUCAUCAUCUUGAGAAUAAACAUGCGGACAAAAAACCAUUUGUACAAAUUGUUCGAGAAUUUAUUGAAUCUAACAAAAACAAAACUCCAUUGUCUCCUCACAAAGAUAAUAACAAAAACACAUCAAAUCAAAAUAAAAAUCAAUGGAAAUGCAAUAGCUGUGAUUAUCAUUGUUAUACAAAAUGGGAAAUGCAAAUACAUGCCUCGAAUUAUCACGAUGAGAAAAAACAAUUUAAAUGUACAGCUUGCUCAUAUAGAACACAUGACAAAAUUCGAUUAGAACAGCAUUUAAUUACAAAACAUGUGAAUGCUGAUUUUCAAAUGGUUUAUCAAAAAAUUAAUGAUUCAAAGAAGAAAGUUUUUAAUUCAAUGGAACGAGAAAAAAAUUUUGUUGAUGAAUCAUUAUUUAAUAAAACACCACUUUGGCAAAAAGAUAAAACAGUGAUGGUUAAACAUAUUUGGGAUAUUCUUCAUGAAGAGGAUUCAGCUUCUAAGAUUUCUAGUCCUCGUUCUUUAAUUCCCGAAAAAUCAGUAAAAAGAAAAAAUGUCUUUGACAUUCCGAGCAAACAAGCAAAAAUUAGGUGCAUUCAUUAAAUAGAUUAGACGAUAAGUCAAGUGGGAAAGUAAAAUUUAAUAAUAAUCAUAUUUAAUAUUCUUGAUUGAAGUUGUUUAUUAUAAACAUUUCGUAAGGAAGUUCUCGGAUUCUUUUUUUAUUUAAAUUUAUAUUUUUAGUUU